UCACCAGUCAUUCUCACCUUCAAACUGCAGAAGCACAAAGUUUGAAUAGUCUUCAAAACGCAGGAAGUAGAUCAUGAAAUUCCUCAUUUUAUGUUCUCUUCUUUUCUCUGCUGUGCUUGCAGCUCCAAAGAGAGCCAAGCGUGAAGCUUAUGCUCUUCCCGAUGGUGCUGAUAUUUUAGUCGGAAAUGUUAAAACAACAUUUUCCUGCUCCAAUGAUGGUUACUACGCCGAUGUAGACAACAACUGCAGGAUCUUUCAUGUCUGCCAUUCUGGCGCUAGAGGCACUCAACAAUGGUCUUUCCUUUGCGGCAAUCAAACCUUGUUCAAUCAACUCACUCUAACUUGCGCUAGUCCAGAAGAUGCCAUACCUUGUCCAGAAGCCCCCAGCUUCUACUAUGUCAAUGACAAGCUAAACGCUGGAGAUCCUACACUUUACUUUUUGAAUGAUGACGACAUCCAAAGAGCAGCACCCCUACUGCGCAGAGCCAGACGAGAUGCUCUUAACCGUAAAAGUUAAAUGAAUUGGAACUGUCUCCGAAAUAUAAGAAUUUUCUUGUAGUAAUCAACGGACUGUGCUUUUGGACUUGAUUGAUGUAAAGUUAUUAUUUAAAAAGCAAAAAUGUCUGGCGCGACUUGAAAUCUGUUUUCGCAGUACUUCGGGGGACUUUUAAUCUUCACAUAAGCUUGCUAUUUUCUUCCUGUGUGGGACUUGCGGCCUUUAUAAAAAUUUACUUCAAGUGAAUGCAUUCACUGCUGAUAUACAUUCCUUGGUUCGUUAGGCUAGUAAAGCUGGUGCUAUUUCCUAUCACUCCCAUUGAAGAAGGAUUGUUCUUUUCCUUUCAGAUUUCUUAGGUGUUAAAGUAUGUAUCAUGCUACUAUAAGAACGCUUUAUAUAGGGGCUUAAGCAUACUCUUCUUUACCUAUCAAUUUACAAGAGUAUAGGAAGUUUUGCUUACUAACCAAUAAAAUAUUUGGAAUUCCUAUCCCACAAAAAAGCUACAUAUUUUUAAGACUUCUCUCUUUCCGCUUGUUAUAAAAGAAACAGAAAAAAUAUGUUUUGUGCUUGAGUGCUAUAUGUGAUUUAGUAGGUGUAGGGACAAUCGCGAAAUAUUGUACAAUGUUUUACGGUCAAAAACGCACCUGUGAUACCUGUGUAUUAUUGUUAGAGCUUUCAUAUCCUAUAAAUAAAUUUAUUGUUGCAAGUUUGA